AUGUUCCCACCAAAUGUCAAUCUCGGCAAACGCUUCACCGCUCUUGGUGUCGAUCUCAUUAUUCUCGGCAUCUUCCUCUCUCCUUCUAUCAAAAAUAUACUCUCCAACAGCUUCUUCCUUUGGUUUGGCCGAAACAGCUUUGCCGUCUACCUUACACAUGGUACGCUACUGAAGACGGUUCUAACCUAUAUGAUUUACGGCAACAUCACUGGAGAGCCAUGGGUCGUCACCAAGAACGAAAAAGGAGAGGACGUCCUACCGCCAUGGUUCCCUCGGGGAUCUCCCGGAGUAUUCGCCAUUUGCAUACCAAUUUGGCUGGUGAUAGUGUACACCGUUGCCCAUUUCUGGACAACAUAUGUCGACUCCUUCUGCGCAAGAGUCACUCAGCGACUCGAAAACCUUGCCUUUGAGUCCGACAACGAGAAAACCCAACAACUCCCUAGGUGA